AUGGGCUCCCUAUACUGCAGAAGAUCGCUCUCCAAGGCACUCCAAGCUCGCAUUUCGUCCCGCAUCCUCCCCGCCGCUCCCCCAGUUGCCGGCUUCAACCAUCGCUUCCGCCGGCGCUUUCACAGCACCCCGGUGCCAUGGGGAAUCAGGUCUCAGAUCCUGAAGGAUGUCGGUGAAGGUAUCACCGAGGUUCAAAUCAUCCAGUGGUACGUCCAGGAGGGUGCUAGGAUAGAGGAAUGGAAGCCCCUAUGCCAGUACCAGUCGGAUAAAGCUGUAGAUGAUAUCACAUCGCGCUACGAGGGCGUCAUCAAGAAGCUCCAUUUUCAAGCCGAUGACACGGUCCCGACCGGAAUGGCUCUUUGCGAGAUAGAGGUCGAUGACGCCAAAUAUCCUGAGACAAAUGCCCCUGCUCCCCCCAAGGCGGAGUCGGCCCCAGAGCCAACCACUUCCGCAUCUGCCGUAUCUGAAGAGAAGGCUCAAGAAGUAUUGGCUGAGAAUAGCCAAGCCCAGGUCGAAACCGCCCCAGCUGCGCCAAAGUCCAAAUAUGCUACAUUUGCGACGCCAGCGGUCCGCGGACUGUUGAAGGAACAUGGUUUAGACAUUACAAAGAUCACUGGAACUGGCAAGGAUGGCAGAGUGAUGAAAGAAGAUGUGUUCAAAUAUCUUGCGGAGAGAGAUUCGCAAGCAGCAGCCCCAGCGGCGCAGCCUACCGCCGCCACGCCAUCUGUGGACACUCCCCAAGUCGAAACCCCAACACGUCUAACACCCAUCCAGUCCCAGAUGUUCAAGACAAUGACCAAGUCCCUCUCAGUCCCACAUUUCCUUUACGCCGAUGAUCUCAGCAUCUCCGCACUCGCAUCUAUCCGACAGAAGAUCCUUUCGCAUCCUACUGAGCCACAGAAAAUCUCCUUCCUGCCAUUUAUCAUUAAAGCUGUCUCCCUUGCCCUGCAACAGUACCCUCUCCUUAAUGCCAGAGUGGACACUACAACGAACCCCGACAAGCCAUCUUUAGUAAUGAGAUCGAGCCACAACAUCGGGGUGGCCAUGGACACCCCAACUGGGCUCCUCGUACCCAACAUCAAAAACGUCCAAGCCCGUUCCAUUUUAGACAUUGCGGCUGAAGUAACCCGGCUCGCUGCCGUUGCACGUGCCGGAAAACUGACUCCUGCCGAUCUUAACGGCGGAACCAUCACUGUCUCCAAUAUCGGAACCAUUGGCGGAACAUAUGUUGCGCCUGUCCUGGUGCCAAACGAAGUUGCCAUCCUGGGCGUUGGCAGGUCACGGACCGUGCCAGUAUUUGACGAGCAGGGUAACGUGGUCAAGGACCAGAAGAUGACAUUCAACUGGAGUGCCGAUCAUCGCGUCAUUGACGGAGCAACGAUGGCAAGAAUGGCAGAGAAGGUUAGAAUGUAUGUUGAGUCCCCGGAGACGAUGAUGCUGGCGUUGAGAUAAGCCAUAAUGGGACGCAAGAUACCCAGUAUGCUGUUUAUGUACUUCCUUGGUUACAUAUUUCUUGGCUCUGGAGAGCAUACAGCAUCUCCUGAUUGCCUAAUCUUCUUUCUGUUUAUUUUGGGAAAGGAUAUCAUGUUUUAGAAUUGUGUGCUUCUUGUAUACACAAGCUUGCCUGUGGAAAGCGUUUCACAUUCCACCCUUAUGACCUCGCCUGCUCUGUCAUACGCAUAGACGACGUUUUCU